AUUAUCUAUCUAAAUCUACUUCACUAAAGCUACACAAAAUUUGAAUACAGUUAAACUUGAGUUAAACUGUAACCAGAUCUGUAUUAAUAGUAUUAUAAUUAUUCAGUAUAACAAGCUGACCCACAGUAUAUUUGUGCUAUAGAAUAUUUCAUGUCAAAUGUCCUUCUAUAGAGUUGGAUACUCACGAAGAAAAACAGCACCCUUUAAGACUCGUCCAGAAUGGGAUGAUACAGUCCAUGACCUAACAGUUCACAGAGCCACACCAGAAGAAGUUUAUUUAAGAAAGGAGGCCCAUAAAUCUAAAAAUCAUAUGUCCAUUAAGCUAGAAAAAUUAAGAAAAGAAAAACAGAAAAGUCGGUUAACUGAGGCUGAAUCCCACCAGCUAGCGAUUAUAAAAGAGGUUCUCUAUGAUCAAGAGCAGUUACAACAUGUUUUGGCUAAAUCUGACACCAUGAUGUCAGUUGUGAAGGAUUUAUUUGGAGAUGAUCCAAAGCGAUUCAUGGGUUUUCCCAAUGUGACAUCAGCACCUCAUCAAAGUGAUACUAAUGGAACUAACAGCUUAGUUGCAUCUGUACCUGACAUCUAUACUCGCACUGAGAAGUUGAGUGAUUCUGUUAUGGACCAGUCGGCCCUCAAUGACAUUGAAUCAGGCUCAGAUUCAGAUUAUGGUGAGGUGAAAAGGCCAAAUCCAAUUUCAUUUGAGUCUAAAAUGGAUUUAAAGCGGUUCCAGGAAUACCUAAGAGAAGAGGAGAGGCAGACAGGUUAUAUGGAACCGCCUUCUUCAUUUCUUUCCCAACAAGAUGGUAACCACUCCAAGAGCCGGUUCAGUGUACAGAGUCAUCCAUCUUAUGGGACCACUGAACCACUCAGUUUCUCAACUGUGCACAGUACCCUGCCAGGUAAACCUCAAAAGGAUGCUACUCAUGAUGCUAAAAUUAUGGCUGCUUUGAUGGCGGUUGCAGCAGCCAACAAUGUUAUGCCUGGCCCCAAAACUCCACCCAGGAAUCAGAACCCCCCUCUGCCUUCUGAAAACAGCCCGCCAUCUGCCAUGAAUGAUACUCAGAAAGUGAAAAGAUCAAAAUGCACAACAAAGUCUCAAAAUGACUCAGUCUGUAGUGUUUCUAACAUGAAUGACCUAAAAAAGGUUUUACAAGAUUUGGAGAAUGAUAUUUCAACUUAUGAGCAACAAACUGGGAGGGUCCCUCAAGAGGAAUUCAAGAAAACGUCAACAUUUUCUGGCUAUACCACAGCUCUGGUCUCAGCUGUCUCUCGAUUGACACGAUACCUUAAAGAGACUGACCUAAGAUUACAGACUGAGAUCACACUGAGAGAACAGUUAAUGCAAGAUGUUUAUCAGCUCAAGUCAGUCAUUGAUGCCUUAUCUACAGAUUUAAUUGUGACUCAAGAAGAAUAUGGCAAGCUUUAUUCUGAACAUCAACGCUACAGGGAAAGCACAGAAAAAGAAAUUACUUCAAUCAAAGUCCAAUUAAGUGAAGUAACUGAAUGUCUUACAGGAGAAAAAAUGCUGUCAAAUCAUACAUCACAACAGGAUUUAAAGAAGUUACAAAGUGAUCAAAGACAGCAAGUUCAUGAAACUGCUAACAUAAGCAGCACUAGUAGAAAAUCUGAAGAAUCAAGAACAUCAACUCCUGUAUUAGACAAUCAGAUCCCAGUUAAAAACGUUUACUCAAGCUGUGUUGACGGUCCACUAGCAACACAAAGACAAAAGGCUGUGGAAUCAUCUUCCUCCACUGCUGCUGUUUUGUUGUCCCCCCCAAUCAGAAAAACAAGAGUCUCUUCUAGACCAGAUAUCCGUAAUUAUAAUAAUAAUCACAAGGGCCAAAAACUCUCCUCACAACGUCAGUCCUCUUUAAUUGACUUGGCACAGUUGGCCUGUAACGACCCACCAAGACUUACUCAGGCCCCCCCAGUAAUGAACACUGUCAGCGUCCCCAGGCCAGUCCCUCUAGUGCAGAGUAACAUGAAUCCUGCUCUGGCUGCUAAAGCAAAUCUCAUGCCCGAGGGUGAAGGCCAGAUACCAGGGGAUGAAGGGGACGGACAGAGGUUCACAGAUCAUAGAGCAGGCUUACAGAAACCUCUGCCGUUGAAUGAUCUAGCUGACCUGGUGAGACUUGGUGAUGAGACAGAACAACAGAUUCAACAGCUUCAGGAGCUUGCUGUUGAAGAAACAAUGAACAAUCCAGCCAUGCAAAGUCUAAUGCAGACGCAGAUUGCAGAGCUAAACCGUCAGCAAGAAGAAGCCAAACGUAGACUGCUCGACCUGCUGGACAAUCAAAGACUACAGCACCUGCGCCUACAAGAGCAGUAUGAUCCAGCCAUGACAGACCAGGAUUUGCCUCACAGUUAUGCUGAACAGAAUGUAUAUAACCACCGGUACCACUCAAAGCAGCAGACUACAGUGUCUCCCCCUAUAUCUCCCAUUCCUCAACAAAAUGAAAGGUCCAAUAGCAGAAAUUCUGACAAGGCAAUGUUUCAAGGAAAUGGAAUCAAAAUUUCUAUCCCCACAAUUGACUUAGACAGUUCUAGAGACAGUGUAGGGUGAAUUCAUCACUUUUUUGCCAUCAUUGUUUUCAUCAAGAAUAUAAAUGUAUACCAUCACUGAGUAACAAAUAUUGACAUCUGAAACUCAAAAAUGAAAUGUAAUAUACUUUAACAUCAAUUGACCAAAAAAUGUAUAACAUCAACAA